AUGCAAGAGAUUCUUCCUUUAAUUCUUAGCCUAGAACCAGAUAAUAUAAAAAGCGUUCUAACAAACUAUCGCGACAAUGAGAACUAUAAACUAUUCACGAGACUUUUUCUUGUUCAAGUUAGAAAUUCAAUAUCAAAAUUAUUAAAAGAGGAAGAUUACGGCUCAAUAUCUAUUGCAGCACAAAAAACAUUCGAUAAAAUGAAAGGUCUCAUGGAAGUUGUUAAGCCCAUUGAUGAAGAUUUAGAACAGGAAAUUGUAACACUAAUCCGUUCAUUACUUAUUCAUAAAUAUCCAUAUGGUAUGCAGGAAUUCGAAUCCAAAGAUCUUGAUUCUAUACUAGAAAUCAGCGAUCCUAAGUUUAAGGCUCUUUUCUCAUGUGGAUUAAAGCAAUAUCUAUCAGAGAUAGUACUAAAUAAGAUUUUAGAUCAAUGUAAAGAAAAGAUAAACGAAUUCAAUGAUGAAUACGAGGUUUCUGUAUUAUCCGCAACAAUGAAAACGUUAUCAGAUAAUAUUUUCUUAUUCUCCGAUAAAUUCCCAGAACUUUCUAACAAAUUACCUUCAAUGAAAGCAACAAUCUACUCUCUGGUCGUUGAUUUCCGUGCAAAACAAAUUUUUGAUAUUGUUGCUUCCUAUCCAGAUUCAACACCAUCACUUUACGAUCUUAGAGAAAGCUGCCUUCACGCUCAUGCCCACAAGAAAGUUGCACAGAUUGCAACUGAAAUCUUUUGCAACAGAUUGUUGCAUUUAGGUGCGUCAACAACAGAUAUUGUAACACAAUAUAUUAGUGCUAUCCAAGCUCUUAACAUUGUUGAUGAAAGUGGAGGUUUAACAAGAGCAAUUUCUCCUCCAAUUCAAUCUUAUUUGACAACACGUCCAGAUUUGCUAACAACAAUUGUUGAAAAGAUCCUUGAAGAUAACACUCUCAUGGAUAAUUCACGUCCUUCUGCCCAAAAGCCAAACGAUGAUGAUGUAUUAAGAGAAGCUUCUGCUCAAAGGGAGUUGGAUGAGAAAUGGAAUCCAGAACCUCUUCAUAGCCAUAUCAGAGACCUCCAAUCUCUUGUUAGAGAUGCUUCAGAUAGCGAUGCUUUGGCAUUGUUAUUAAAUGUUUAUGGAAGUAUUUCUAGUUUCGUUUCACAGCUCGAGAGGGAGAUUGCUGCACGUGUAGAGAGUCGUCCUGGCUAUAACUUCGACAGCGAAGUCCGAGCCAUUGAGAUUCUUAAACGAAGAUUCGGAGCCCAAAUUUUCUUGAAUUGCGAAGUCAUUUUGCAAGAUGUUGCAGACUCAAAGCGUUUGCAACAAGGAAGUGGAGUCAUGCAUUUCCAGCCACUCGUUGCUUCCCAUAUGUACUGGCCAGAGCUUAAUGGUGAUGAAUUCACUCUUCCUCAAGGUUUGGCCGAAGAAGUUUCCGCAUUUGAAAAAGAAUUUGACAGAGUCAGAAAACAAAGGAAACUUAAAUGGUAUCAUACAAUCGGAUGUGUUGAGAUUGUUUUGGAUUUCGAUGAUGACGAAACACUCUCAAUCACUGUACCUCCUCUUGCAGCAGCAACAAUUGCUUUAUUCAAUGACAAAACUGAGUUUGAUACUUCAUAUGUUUCCAAGAAAUUGUCAAUAUCUAAAAGAGCUGCUGAACAUGCAAUUUCAUUCUGGAUGUCUGGAGGUGUCAUUGUAAGAGGCUCUUCAGAAGGAUCAUUCAGAAUGAGCAGCAAGAAACCUGCUGCAGCUGUUGAACUUGCAGAAUCAGCAAGAAGCGACAUGAUUGGUUUGUUGUUCGAAGAAAAGAAGAAUCCAGAAGAAGAAGAAAAUGGAGAAGAGGAAGAAGAUUUCAGCUCACCUGUCGUUUUGUCAAAGAGACUGAGACCAUUCGCAUUAACAAUUUUACAAGCUCGCCCACGUGAGAAAUUCACAAUUGAUAGUUAUUAUUCACUUUUGAUGAGAUUUGUUAGAAUUCCAAAGCUUAGAAUUGAAAAGGCUGAAUUCUUGAAAAUAAUCCCUAUUUGGGUAUCAGAAAAUAUGAUUACUGUUGAUGGAGAAAAUGUUGCCCUCGUGAAAUAA